AUUGCCGGGACGCCGCUCACUAUCACUCAUACAUCCACGACCACGAACGCUGAGGGCACCCGAACACGUCGUACAAAGCCUUCCGUCUGGGCUAGCGAUAUCCGUAGAAGUUCCUUGACAGCGCAGAAGCUUCCUCAAGCGCGCGCACCUAUUUGCAGCCUCAAGCGCUGACGUCGCCUGCCUGGCUUGCCUGCCUAUUCCUCAAGCCUCUGCACGCGAGCGACCAUCGCAAGCCUUUGUGCAGCCUUCACAGAGCCCAUAUCGUAUACUAGAUAGCUGAGACCAUAGCAAGCAGUCACCACCAUGUCGAACUCGGUCGUGGGCGGUGUCUACCAGCAGAUCAUCGAGAAGGUGAUCCAGACGUCGCAGAAUGAUUUCGAGGAGUCUGGCGUCGACCACACGACGCUCGACGAGAUGAAGCAGGGCUGGCAAGAGAGGCUAUCUGCUCUCAAGAUUGCUCACUUCCCUUGGGAUCCCGCCCCUGAGCCUGUUCGUCAGCCGCCUACGGUGCCAUCCAACGUCAAGGUUGACAAUGAUAUGCCUCCCGUUUCCGGUCCUCAGGAUGGCCUAAACUUCCCGAAUGUGCCCGUCAAGACAGAAGGAGGAUAUCAGCCACCUGUUGCUAACUACCCUCCAGCCCAGACUGCGAACAAUGGUUAUGGUGGCAGCUAUGAUCAAAACACACAGCUGGCAAACCAGCGCGCGGCUGCGCUCGUCCAGCAACGCAUUCAGCAACAGGGACAUGUGCAGCAGCAAAACUUUCCCAACCUUGCUCAACAAGGACAUUUGCCGCAGAUGCCAAUGCAAAAUCAGCAGCAGCGGAUGAUGGCGCCACAACAACAGCAUCAGCGCCCGCCGCAACAGCAACAGCAACAGCAACAGAUGCCGCAGCAGCGUCCACCGCCGCAAAAUCACAUGUACACCUCUCAGACUGAUGGUUCAGGUGAUGCCAUGGCCGACUGGGAGGCCCUGAAGGCUGCGCGAGCUGCUGAUGCAGUUGAGCGUAUGGCAGCAGACGACUUCAUGCGUGCCCGUGUUGAUGCCAUGGCUAUGCGUCAAGACAGUGGCCUCAUGGUGCCGCUCGAUUCGAUGCCAAAGGGCAGGAAGCGAAAGGCUGCUGUGCGUGUGUUACAGACCGAAGAUGCAGAAGCAUCGUCAAGUGCACCAGGCCCUGCUCGCUUUGACGGCGACGACGAUGUCAAGCCCGAAGAGGAUCCGGAUGAUGCGAUCAACUCUGACCUUGAUGAUUCAGAGGACGAGCUUGGCGAUGGCGACAACAGUGAUGACGAGAUGGUCGACUACAUGCUCUGUACCUAUGACAAGGUCCAGCGCGUCAAGAACAAGUGGAAGUGCACCCUCAAGGACGGUAUCCUGACGACGAACAAGAAGGAAUACUUGUUCCACAAGGCAAAUGCUGAACUCGAGUUCUAAGUCGCUCCGUGCAGCGCACGAACAACACUCGAUCGAGACGCGAGUCUAGUACGACGGUAACAGAAGAACCGCCCACCUCGUUCCCUCGUUUGCGACGAUCACUACGGCUCGGUACGAACAUCGAUAACGGGCAUCAGAUUGGAUACCAAAGCCUACUCAUAUGAAGUUUAAAAA